UUUGCUUUUUGAUAACGGAGGAGAGAGGCGACUUCGUGAACAACGGGACCCGUUCGCCAUGUCCGACGAGUCUUUUCGGAGGCACUUUCGCCUUUCGAAAACGACGGUGAUGUGGCUGUGCGAACAGUUAUCGGGCGACCUGGCGCGCGAGAGAGAAGGGCUCACCGUUCAAGAUCAGGUGAUUUGCGCCCUUCGGUUUUAUGCUACCGGUGGCUUCCAAACGGCUGUCGGUAGCGAAGCCACCGUAUCGCUUUCCCAGCCGUCUGUCAGCCGCUGCGUUCGCGCGGUAUCGGAAGCAAUCGUCCGUGUCGGCACCGAACAGCGCUGGGUGUCGUUUCCGCGUACGAGAUCGGAGAUAGCGCUCGUCAAGCAAGGUUUCUUGCGGAGCGGCAACAUCUCUGACGUCGUAGGAUGCGUGGACGGCACCUACAUCGCUAUAGCCGGCCCGGACCUGCCCCCAGCCGAGAAGCAGACGUACUGGUGUCGGAAGGGAUACUACGCGCUGAACACCAUGGUGGUGUGCGACUCGAACAUGCGAGUGCUGGCAAUCGACCCUCGCUUCGCCGGCUCGUGUCACGACGCAUACGUAUGGCGUGGCUCAGCCCUUCGGAGCAUUUUCGCCGACACCCAGAUCGUCCACAGAGGAGAGUUUCUCCUUGGCGACAGUGCAUACCCACUGGAGCCGUGGCUCAUCACGCCGGUUCCGGGACAUCCCGCGCUAUCGUCUCCGGAGGGCCGUUUUAAUCAAGCUCACGCGUCGAUGAGGUCUGUGGUGGAGCGCUGCAUCGGCCUUAUGAAGAGUCGGUUCCGCUGCUUGCAGCGUUAUCGUGCGCUGCAGUACUGCCCCGCUGUCGCGGAAGAGAUUGUCGCGGCUUGUGCAGCGCUGCAUAACUUAUGGCUCGACGCCAGCGAGCCGUUUCUUGACGACGACAGCAACAUUGCCGGUGAGGAUGACGACGACGACCAGGAAGACGUCUUGCCAAGUGAUGACGGCGGUCCGACCCGUGGCGGCAGAACGCUGUACGCAAGGGGCAAGGCCACACGGGACAGGCAAAUUGCACUGUAUGGCAUCAGCCGCAAUGCACAUUUGCUGCACAUUCAGCGAGCUCGCCGUCGAGCGCAACGUCACGCACUGGACAGCUAG